AUACAAUGAACACAGCAGCAUCAUUUGUUAGAGACGGCAAUGGGUUUUACGUCAUAGUCCACCAUUGCUUCUUCUCUCUCUUCCCUAUCUCUCUUUCUCUGUUCAUACUGUGUUUGAUUAUUGCUAGUAGUAUUAAUCAACAAACUUGAUUGUUAUCUUCCAUUUUGCUACCAUAUAUUGUGACAUAAGACAAUUCUCAAGUGUCAAAUUGGUUUUGCUUCUGUUUAUUAUUACUACUAUUGUUUUUCCAUAGCCGCCUUUGUGUUUCUCUUGCUCUUUCAGCUCCUGGUUUAUUCUCUUGCAAUACCCAGAUCACAAGAUAUCAUCUUUCUCAAGUUCAUAGUUAUUGCCUCAUCUUCAUGGUUGCCCAAUUUGGAGAAUUGGGCUAACAGCUUUGGUUGUUUGCUGGGGUUAUUUCAGACAAGGUUUGUUUUGUCAAGUGUUUUGGUACUUUGGAAGCACAAGUGUGUAUUGAGAUAUCAGUUGAGUGCAAGGUGAACAGAGUUUCAUCGGAUCUUCGAGCAGAGGUAUGUUUACUUUGUCUCGAAGUGAGUGCUAACAUCGGUGUCAACAAGUAUCCAAAUAUAGCCGAAGUAGUUUGGGUGUUAAGUUCGAGGUGAUCAAGGUUUCAUGUUUAAGGCUUGAAUUGUGAUGCUUGAUCAGAACUAUGCUGGUUUUGUUUGGUAGUUCUAUUAUUCACCUGGUUGCUUCUAUAUUACAAGGAAAUGCUUCCCUUCUGUAUUAGGGCACAUAACUGCAAUUAAGAAUGGCUAUCACUGUUUUAUACUUGGUGAUAUUGCUGCAAUUGUCAACAUUUUUGGGGUCUUCAGUUGUGUUACAGUCAAAGGAGUGUGGGACUGAUUGGUUAGCUCAUUCAUAUUCUAGUCAUGGUCAGGAACUGUUCUACAUAAAUGGGAAUGUGGUAAACCAAGUUUCUUUCUGUGAGGCUCUCCAAUUGUAUAUUGCAAACGGCUGUGAUGUGAAGGACUACUUUGGAAGUAGCGGUUGUGCGGUCGGAGGCUCUUUCGUGAAUUUUCCUUCAAAAGCUGGGAGGAAACUCUUGCAGAAGGACUCAAGCAAAGAAUCCACAUCACAAGGAGAUUCUAAGGCUCUACCAACCAACAAAGUUGGUAUUUUUGCAGGUGGAGCUUUGUUGGCAUGUUGUGCUGUUCUUUGUCCUUGUUUCUAUGGGAAGAAACGGAAAGCUACCGCUCAUGCUGUUCUGGCGAAGGACCCAAUUUCAAUGGAUUCAGCUACCUCCUUUGACGCCUCCGUUUCUGCCUCCGUUUCGGGCAAGAUCCCAGCGAGUCCACUUCGGGUGCCAUCAAGUCCAUCAAGAUUUUCAAUGUCUCCAAAGCUCAGUAGACUUCAUACAUUAAAUCUCAACCUGAGUCAGGUUGUAAGAGCUACCCGUAAUUUCUCAGAAACAUUACAAAUAGGACAAGGAGGUUUUGGAACUGUCUACAAGGCUAAUUUAGAAGAUGGCCUGGUCGUGGCUGUAAAGCGUGCGAAAAGGGAGCAUUUUGAGAGCUUGAGAACAGAGUUCAGCAGUGAAGUUGAACUUCUGGCCAAAAUUGAUCAUCGAAACUUGGUGAAGCUACUAGGUUUUAUUGACAAAGGAAAUGAACGCAUUCUUAUAACAGAGUAUGUACCUAACGGUACUCUUCGAGAACACUUGGAUGGCCUGCGUGGGAAAAUCCUGGACUUCAAUCAGCGCCUCGAAAUUGCAAUUGAUGUUGCUCAUGGAUUGACCUACUUGCACCUGUAUGCAGAAAAGCAAAUUAUCCACCGAGAUGUGAAAUCAUCCAACAUUCUUCUCACAGAAAGCAUGCGAGCUAAAGUUGCAGACUUUGGAUUUGCAAGGCUUGGUCCAGUGAACGGUGACCAAACACAUAUUUCUACCAAAGUGAAGGGAACAGUUGGUUAUUUGGACCCUGAGUAUAUGAAAACAUACCAACUCACUCCCAAAAGUGAUGUUUACUCAUUUGGAAUUUUGCUUUUAGAGAUACUGACAGGCCGCCGUCCUGUGGAGUUGAAGAAAGCUGCUGAUGAGCGGGUUACACUAAGAUGGGCCUUCAGGAAGUAUAAUGAAGGAAGUGUGGUGGAACUGAUGGAUCCUUUAAUGGAAGAAGCUGUGAACGCAGAUGUUCUCAUGAAGAUGCUUGAUUUGUCAUUUCAAUGUGCAGCACCCAUUCGAACAGAUCGACCUAACAUGAAAUCAGUGGGUGAGCAAUUGUGGGCAAUAAGGGCAGAUUAUCUCAAGAGUGCAAGGAGAGAAUGAUUGGUGAAAGUUUGAAGAUGUUGAUGAUGCCAUUGUGGAUUAGUGCCUUUUGUAUUAUUUGAAAAUCUCUGUUUCUUUAUCCAAAAAGUGUUUCUGGCAUUGUGAAAUGUUUAUGUUUAUUUUGGUUUCUAGUCUAGAUGACUUCAUUUAUUUGACAAUAAACUCCAGAAGUCAUAUGUGAAGUUUGGAUUGUGGAAAGACUAUUUGGUCAGUAGCAACCAA